AUGAGCCACCCUGGCGGCUCCCACCAUCCCUUCUACAACGGCUUCUACUACAACCACAUCAUGAACGACAAGGGCAACGGGCAGGAGAAAGUGGUUUACUUCAAUGGGGCCAAGCUGGUGGUGGAGACCCCCAAAGACCCCGUCUACAGCUCCAAUGGUGCCAACGUCACCCUGCCCUGUCACUACCAUUAUGAGCCUGACCUGGAGGCCAAGCGCAAGAUCCGCAUCAAGUGGUCCAAGCUGCGGGACGACUACACCAAGGAGCAGGAUGUGCUGGUGGCCAUCGGCAAGACCUACAUGGCCUUUGGGGACUUCCGGGGCCGUGCUCACCUCCACCAGGCCGGCCGGCGAGACGCCUCGCUGGUUGUCAGUGAUGUGCGCCUGCAGGAUAAUGGCAAAUACCGCUGCGAGGUCAUCGACGGGCUGGAAGACGAGAGUGACGUGGUGGACCUCCGUCUGCAAGGCAUCGUGUUCCCCUACCAGCCUCCCCAUGGGCAGUACAGACUCAACUUCCACGAAGCCGAGCGAGUGUGCCAGGAGCAAGGCGCCAUCCUUGCCACCUUCAACCAGCUCUUCCAGGCCUGGAGCGAGGGGCUGGACUGGUGCAAUGCAGGCUGGCUGGCUGACGGCACUGUGCAGUCCCCCAUCCGCCUGCCCCGCAAGCCCUGUGGUGGGCUGCACCUCGCCCCGGGCAUCCGCAGCUACGGCCCGCGCCACCGGCACCUGCAUCGCUUUGACGCCUUCUGCUUCUCCUCCGGGCUCAGAGGAGAGGUUUUCUACCUGGACCACCCAGACGGG